GUAAAAAAGGAUCGGAAUGUCAAAAAUGCUGACGAAUUCAAGCAGUACAUUACCUCGCAAGUAGAAAAAUAUUGGCCAAAUCUUGAUCCUUCUGCCCAAGUUAUCGAAUUUUCAACUCACAAUGCCGCAUUGGUACAAGACAAGUCCUAUAUUUCCGAAAAGUUCGUCAAAUUUAUGAAUUUACUAAAAUCAAUGUUGCUUCAAACCAUCUCCGGAAAACUGAAAGCCGAAUGGAG